AUGAGGUAUGCCAAAGAUGGUGGUCUCUAUAUGCCUGAAGUCAUCCCAAAACUGAAUGAAACAGAGGUAAAAGAAUGGUCAACACAUUCUUAUCCAGAGCUUGUGUAUCUUAUUUCACGCAAGUUCAUUUCGGAGGAAGAAAUUCCCUCGCAUGCUUUGAAAGAUAUCAUAAAUGGAAGCUUAAAGAGAUUCCGUACACCAAAGAUCAUCGAGAUAGAAAGGUUAGAAGGAGGCCUAAACAUUGUGGAACUCUUUCAUGGGACAACCCUAGCCUUCAAAGACUUGGCUCUCUCUGUUGUAGGAGGAUUACUUGACUUCUUCUUGAAGGAAAACAGUGAACAUGUCACUGUUCUGAUAGGAACUUCAGGUGACACAGGCAGUGCAGCCAUAGAGAGUGUGAGAGGAAGAGAGUCCAUUGAUAUUGUGGUUCUCCUUCCUCAUGGUCGUUGCACUCACAUUCAAGAGCUACAGAUGACAACUGUGAUAGAAGAUAAUGUACAUGUUUACUGUGUUGAUGGCACAUCUGACGAGUUGGAUGAGCCAAUCAAACGUUGUUUUGCUGACGAGGAAUUUGUUGCUAAGCACCGAUUGAUAUCCAUUAACUCUAUCAACUGGGGCCGUAUCAUGGCUCAGGUUGCUCACUACUUCUACACAUAUUAUCAACUCUGCUCCUUUGUAGGCCAGCCUCUGAAGGUUGUAGUGCCCACAGGUGCAGCUGGCAAUAUAACUGGUAAGUUAUUCUCUGAGCAUUCGUAG